GGUUAUUUCCUCGUUUCUCACCCCCGGCCCAUCAUGUCUGCUCUGUGCGAUCCCUCGGGGGUUGUUGGUCCUCCAGGGUCCGCCCCCAGCCCGAAACCAGCAGCCGCCCCGCCGUCGCUCAGCAGCUCCGUGAUGGCGGCUGUUGCUUGCUUAGCUCUUUUGUUGGGGGUCGUCUGUGCCGUGGACAGAAGCAACUUCAAGACCUGUGACCAGAGCUCCUUUUGCAAGCGCCAGAGGAAUGUGAAGCCUGGAAACUCGCCUUACAGGGCCCUGCUGGAUUCGUUGCAGCUCAGCCAGGAUUCCAUGAAGAUCCAGCUUGUCAAUGAAGCCAACAAGGUGCCUCUCCUGCUCGAAAUCUAUGGCUUGAAAGGGAACAUGACCCGCAUCCGGAUCAAUGAGCUGAACCUGCUUAAACCCCGCUACGAGGUACCGGAUGUGUUAGUUGGGGACCCACCUACUACCAGGUUAUCAGUCAUGGGUCGGGACGACAACAGCGUGGAGCUGUCCUUGGGCGAGGGGGCCCACAAGCUCAUACUGACGGCCAAGCCAUUCCGCAUGGACUUGCUGGAGGGGCGGGAUCUCGUGCUGAGCGUCAACUCCCGGGGGCUGCUGGUCUUUGAGCACCUGCGCCUAAAGAAGGACUCUUUCUCGGAUAAAGUUAGUAGCACGGUCGUUAGCAUGUGGGAUAGGAUCAAGAACCUUUUCUCUAGAGAGGCAUCAAAGGAGCCAGAAUCUGAAGCGGAAGGGGCCACCGAGCCCUCAGAAUCCUCUUUGCCUACAGAGCAUGAAUCCUCUGAGAGCGAGAAGUCUGAGGAAGCUUUCAAAGAGGCGGACGAGGCUGAGGAGGAACCAGGAUCAUGGGAAGAAACAUUCAAGACCCACACGGAUAGCAAGAUUAAUGGUCCAACAUCUGUGGGGCUAGACUUCUCACUCCCAGGUGUAGAGAACGUGUAUGGCAUCCCGGAACACGCAGAAAACCUCCGGCUACGGACGACCGAGGGAGGAGACCCGUACCGCCUCUAUAACUUGGACGUCUUCCAGUACGAGCUCUAUAAUCCCAUGGCCCUCUACGGCUCGGUUCCCGUCCUCCUGGCUCACAAUGCCCAGCGCACCCUGGGGAUCUUCUGGCUGAAUGCGGCGGAGACCUGGGUGGACAUCACUUCCAACACAGCUGGCAAGACACUGUUUGGGAAGAUGCUGGACUACAUGCAAGGUGGAGGCGAGACCCCUCAGACGGACGUCCGAUGGAUGUCGGAGAGUGGUAUCAUCGACGUGUUUCUCUUGCUGGGGCCGUCCCCCAAGGACAUUUUCAGGCAGUAUGCAUCCCUCACGGGCACCCAGGCCCUCCCUCCGCUCUUCGCCCUGGCCUAUCACCAGAGCCGCUGGAACUACAAUGACGAGGAUGACGUGAGCGCUGUGGACAGCGGCUUCGACGAGCACGACAUCCCCUACGACGUCAUCUGGCUGGACAUCGAGCACGCCGACGGCAAGCGCUACUUCACAUGGGAUCCCAACAAGUUCCCCCAUCCCCGGGAAAUGCUGCAGCGGCUGGCGGCCAAGAGGCGCAAGAUGGUGAGCAUCGUGGACCCUCACAUCAAGGUGGACAGCAACUUCCGAGUCCACAACGAGAUCCGCUCCCGCGACUUUUACACCAAAACCAAGGACGGCAGCGACUAUGAAGGCUGGUGCUGGCCAGGCUCAGCAGGAUACCCUGACUUCACCAACCCUGAGAUGCGUGCCUGGUGGUCCAGCAUGUUUGCCUAUGAUCAGUAUGAGGGCUCCAUGGAGAACCUCUAUACCUGGAAUGACAUGAACGAGCCCUCUGUCUUCAACGGCCCAGAGGUGACCAUGCACAAGGACGCCGUGCACAAGGGGGGCUGGGAGCACCGUGACGUCCACAACCUUUAUGGGCUGUACGUGCAAAUGGCAACGGCACUCGGGCAGGUGCAGCGGUCGGGCGGUGUGGAGCGGCCUUUCGUGUUGUCUCGAGCAUUCUUUGCCGGCUCCCAGCGUUACGGUGCUGUGUGGACAGGGGACAAUGCAGCCGAGUGGGACCAUCUGAAGAUCUCCAUUCCCAUGUGUCUAAGCCUCAGUCUUGUGGGCAUCUCUUUCUGUGGAGCUGACGUGGGGGGCUUCUUCAAAAGCCCAGAGCCGGAGCUGCUGGUGCGCUGGUACCAAGUGGGAGCUUAUCAGCCCUUCUUCCGUGCGCAUGCCCACGUGGACACCAUCCGCCGGGAGCCCUGGCUGUUCGGUGAGGAGAACAAAGCGCUGAUCCGGGAUGCCAUCCGCGAGCGCUACGCCCUGCUGCCCUUCUGGUACACAGCCUUCUACCACAGUUACCGGACGGGCCAGCCUGUCAUGAGACCCCUCUGGGUGGAAUAUCCCCAGGAUGUGACCACAUUCAGCAUUGAUGACCAGUAUCUUCUGGGUGAUGCGCUGUUGGUUCACCCGGUAACGGCCCAAGGGGCCCGAGGCAUUCAGGUCUACUUGCCUGGCAAAGGAGAGGUCUGGUAUGAUGUCCGCACCCACCAGAAGCUUCAUGCUCCUCAGACCCUCUAUUUAACAGUCACCAUGAGCAGCAUCCCCGUGUACCAACGUGGUGGCAGCAUCGUGGCCAGGAAGGAGCGAGUCCGACGGUCUUCGGAUUGCAUGCAGAACGACCCUUACACCCUCUAUGUGGCCUUGGGCCCCCAGGGUACGGCGAAAGGGGACCUCUUUGUUGACGACGGGCACACGUAUAAUUUCGAGACGAAGGGGCAGUACCUACAUCGCCGCUUCAGUUUCUCUGGCAACACCUUGACAGCCAGCUCUGCAGACCCUAAGGGCAGCUAUGAAACUUCAGCGUGGAUCGAAAGGGUGGUGAUCCUGGGAGCUGGGAAACCAGCAGCCGUGUUCCUCAAACAAGCUGGUGUCACUGAGACCCGCCUGGACUUCACGCACGAGGCCGACACGUCUGUCUUAACCCUUCGCAAGCCUGCAGUUAACAUUGCGGCAGACUGGAGUAUCUCUUUGCGAUAAUGCUACGAGGCGGGGGGGAGGUUGGAUGGAAGGGGGGGGAGAGACAUCGGCAGUGUUGGGGGACUUUAGGCCAGCCCCUUUAACUGAGGAACGGUGCCGUAAGCUCAGCCGGUAGCUCCCCUCCUGCAGUGUCUUGGGUCCAGUGUCUCAUAGCAGGCAGGCAUGUUUGAGGAGAGGGGCGACCCAGUCGCUCCCUCCCCCUUGCCCCCCCCCCUUCAGCCCUAGCUCAGACUCGGAUUUUCGGGUGGCUCCCAUAGGUUAAUUUUUAGCAAUAUUUGCUGUAGAGUGAGAAAUCUCCGGGUUGAAGUUAGGUUGGUCUCGUUUUCCUCCUGCCUCUGUUUGGGGGGGUGGUGGUGAAGGAAGGGAGACCCUUUCUCUUCCCCUUUCCCGGACAUGCGAUAGUGGGACCAACCUUUUGAGUGGCUCAGCCUUUCCCGGGGAGGGCGGAGGAAUAGUUUAUUCAAACUGCUCUUUUCCUGCCCAUCUCUCCUUUUUCCUUUACAUCCCUUCCCCCCCAUUCUGGCUGGAGUUCCAGGCCAGUGUGUGAAUCGAUUUAAAAAGAAAAGGAAAAAAAGAUGAUUUACCUAGGCAAGGGCUGCCUUUAAACUCCUUUCCUUGCCACCAGGUGAAUGUAUAGGGAGUCCUCCUUCAAUUAUUUCCCUCAUGCCUCCCAUGCAGCCAUAUGCCAUAAACCCAAAUGAACGGAUACAGCUUGACCAUCUUCUCAUCCUCCCCAGCCCCUAAGUCCCCAAAGGUUCUUAUUUCUCUCUCUGACACACACACACACCACUUCUUCCCAAAUCCGUUACGGUGUAGGGGAGCAGGAAUUUUUGUUUUUUGGGGGGGAGGGCAGGGGGCAGGUAUUUCUAGGUGUCAGUGAAUCACUGUCGCUUCUAUUUAUAUUGGGAGAGGGAUGGAAGAUGGAUCAUGGGAAAGGAACGGAUGUUGCAGGUUGGCUACAAAACUGCACCCCGGAUUGGGGGAGAAGUGGGAAGAAGGGAAAUCGUAAUUUUUCCCCCCUGCACCAAAACCUAAGGAUGAGGGGGGAGAAAAAGUGGGUGUACACAAGCUGCUAACAAAACGGGCCCCUCCCCUGCUGGAAAGAGAGACGAGGGGCCAUCCUUGAGCGGGAACCGGCAGGGAUCUUUCCUCAGUUGUUGCAGCGCCUCUCAUCCCCUGCUGCUGGCUGUCAGCUCUGCUGCCCUCAGACCAGGCCAUAUGGAUUUCUUUGGUCGUCUCUUUUUGUGUGUACGUGGAUUUAACAUUCCUGGUCCUGGCCAGUUCUCCCUUGUUGUAUGUUUGCAGGCAAAGACCCAGAGCAAGGCUUUUAAAUUUCUCAAAACUGUCAUCUUUAAUGUACACACCCACAUGAAUUCCCCCCCCCCGCCCCUCUUGAUUGUGAUUUCAUUUGCAAGUAGUGCUUUUACUGACUGGGUGUUUUGAUAAAAG